GGGCGGGAAAGAGAAGGCACUGAAUCGUGCGUCGCGCGGGAAGAUCAUCCGAUCGGGUUUGGCGCGUUGUCCACGUGGCCAUUGGCGGGGUGUGGUCGAAUUCGAGUAUUAUGUCUUCGCGAUUGAUGAGGAGGUGCUCAAGACAGGAGCGUGAUUGACCCGUCAGGUGUCUUGGUGGGGUACUGUGCGCCGACUUGGGAUGGACUCUUGGAUCCCGCGAAAGGCCGCGAAACCGUCGUUUGCUCCCCACUUAUACGUGCACUAGCGCCAGCGGCGCCAGCGGCGGUGACAUCAUUUGAGAGGAGGGACCUUGUUCGUCAUCCCUCAGCUCUGAUGGUGGUCCCAUCCUUUAUUACUCCAUCAACAGUUGAUUGCGAUUAGAUAACCAAGAGCCCCAUAGGGUGACGUGUAAGCCUUUGUACAGUCGAAAGCUAGACACGUGUUCACUCGUCUGCCGUGUUCUUGCAGGCUUUGUUCUGUCGAGAGUAAUGCCUUCCCUCAAUUGUCGAGUUCCAGGUUGAAAGCCAUCGUCCUCGAAUAGGUCGUGAUUAGCUGCUUGAUUGAUUGAUCGAUUGAUUAGAUUAGGCGGCAACUCUCGAGCCCGCGUUGGGUCUUACGUACUGGUACCGAGACAUGGCCGUGCCGGAGAUGACCGGAAUCCCGGCAGGUCCUCCUUUGUCCUUCGCUAACGGGGACAGCAUGGGGGAUGGAGGGGUGUCAUCUGACGGCGAAGAUGCGGUGGCGAACGGGACUUCGUCUGUGAUAGGUGACAGCCAUCAAGACAGCAAAACGAAGAGCAGGAAGCUGAAGCAAGCAGAUAAGAGGCGGCGGAGGAGGCAGCAGAAGAAGAAGCAGAAGGCCGCGCCCGUUGUUAUCGCCGAAAAAGCUGCCGACAAACCAGAACAAACUGAAAAGCCCGAGAAAGAGAAGAAGAAGAAGAGAAAGGAAGCGGCAAAGAAGCAGGAGCACAAAGAGCCUCCGGAAGUGAUUGAGGUUGAGUACUUGCCUGCACCUGUCGAUUUCAGUGACUUGGGCGAUGGUUCCGAGGAGCUGCUGAAAGUCUUCGAGAAAUUUGCUAUGACCGAACCUCGCCCUAUUUCACAGGAGGAAGAGUUAGGAGGAAAAGCAGAAACUGCUGUAGUGGAGAAGAAGAAGGAUGAUGAAAGCGACGAAGAAGACUCGGAUGAUGAGGAGGAUGCCAAAGCAAAGGACAAGAGCAUGUCGAACAAGAAGAAGAAGUUGGCUCGUCGAAUGAAGGUUGCAGAGCUCAAGCAGUUGGUGUCCCGGCCAGAUGUGGUGGAGGUUUGGGACACCACAGCAGCGGAUCCUCGAUUGCUUGUAUAUCUCAAGGCUUACCGAAAUACUGUCCCUGUUCCGCGCCAUUGGUGCCAGAAGCGGAAGUUCUUGCAGGGAAAGCGAGGUAUUGAGAAGGCUCCAUUCCAGCUUCCGGACUUCAUUGCAGCUACUGGCAUAGAGAAGCUGCGUCAGGCUUACAUUGAGAAAGAGGAUAGCAAGAGACUGAAGCAGAAACAGCGGGAGAGGAUGCAGCCGAAGAUGGGGAAGAUGGACAUUGAUUAUCAGGUGCUGCAUGACGCAUUCUUCAAGUACCAAACAAAGCCAAAGCUGACUACGCAUGGAGAUUUAUACCACGAAGGGAAGGAGUUCGAGGUCAAACUGAAAGAGAUGAAGCCUGGACAGCUGUCUGACGAGCUCAAGGCUGCUUUGGGAAUGGGAGAAGGGUGCCCUCCCCCCUGGCUUAUCAAUAUGCAGAGAUAUGGUCCGCCACCUUCUUAUCCGAGCCUGAAGAUUAUGGGUCUGAAUGCUCCUAUUCCGGAGGGUGCUUCCUUUGGUUAUCACCCGGGUGGGUGGGGGAAACCCCCUGUUGAUGAGUUUGGGAAGCCACUGUAUGGUGAUGUCUUUGGGACGCAAGAGAAAGAAGAGGUACCGUUUGAGGAAGAGCAAGUGGAUAAGGCGAAGCAUUGGGGAGAUUUAGAGGAGGAAGAGGAGGAAAGUGAAGAGGAGGAAGAGGACUUCUCUGACGAAGACGUACUGGAGGAUGGCAUUGCAUCAGUCGAUACAGUCGCCACGACGCUGGCAGGAGCAGAGACGCCUGAUGUGAUCGAUUUGCGUAAAACACAAAGGAAGGAGACAGAGAAACCACUCUACCAUGUGUUGGAGGAGAAAGAGGACAGACUUGCUUCUGGGACGCUUCUUGGCACGACACAUACAUAUGUCGUCCCUGGUGCCGACAAGGCUGGUACUUUGCGCAAGGUGGAUCUAAUGAAGGGCCAGAAGGCAGACAGAAUCGAUAUCACUCUUCGGCCAGAAGAAUUGGAGGGCCUUGAUGAUUCUGCCCUUGCCGCCAAGUAUGAGCAAGCGAGGGAAGAAGAGAAACUCAGACGUCAGAGAGAGGAUUUCAGUGAUAUGGUUGCGGAGAACGAGAAAAAGAGAAAGCGGAAGGCACAGGAGAAGGAUGCGAAAGGAAAGAAGCAUAAGGAGUUCAAAUUUUGAUCCCCGCGUCCUUAUGUUCGGACAAGAUAUAGCCUAACGCUCUCAGCCAGUGGGGUCCUCUACCUUGUGAAUGUCCCCGCGUCCUUAUGUUCGGCCAAGAUAGCCUAACGCUCUCAACCAGUGGGGUCCUCUACCUUGUGAAUGUCAUCGUGUUUGGAUGGGAGCAGUACAAUUUCUCCGCACUAGUGAGUCGCGAACCAGUCCUUGAUCAGGAAGAGCAUAUGAGAGUGCAAGAGUUUUGAUGAUGGAUGGGUUCAUGCGGCAGACAAAGUUAUCAUGCAAAGGAUGCGGAGUCAGCGAAUUUCUGAGGAGCAUCUUCAAAAUAAGGUCUCACUUUCGGCAACCAUGUUUGUGAGUAGGAAGUGAAGGUCACUUAGGGCGACCAUGUUUGUGGAGCUUCUUGAAGAAACUGUGAAUCCUGUGCCCGUCACCGUCGGACUGGCGUUGGUCAUCAUCGGCACAUUGCUAUUGCCGAUCCCUCCUUCCGUGGCUUGAGAGUUCGUUUGAGUUCGACAGCGGAUAAAUCAUCACUGGAUGUGACUGAUUAGUUGCUGGGUCAUGUGCUUCGCAACCACGUAUGUGUAUUGACCUUUGCGCAAAGGAAGGAUCACAUGUGUGUGACGGACUUACACUGGUGUAUGAGCUUCGCUAAGGGAAGGAAGCACAUAUAGAAUGGUUAGUGUCUGUACUGACUGGGCUUGUCAAUCAUGUGUGUUUUGGAUCUUCGGCUGCAUUCAUCCAUCCAAUAGCGCAUUGCGUUGAUCGGAAUUUGGAGGCCCCCAUCUGGUUGGCGGCAUUUAGGUAAUGUUGUAGUAUACGAAGAUAGACUUGGGGGGAACGGAAGAGGUGUACAGAGUGAAAGUUGCGCGUUUUUUGCAUGAGAAGAGCGUAGGGUGAGGUGAUUAUAGAGGUAAUCCUGGGCUGUUAGUCCCCCUAGCACUGGUUUCUGGGUGGGUCUGGCUACAUUGAAUCAGGUCAAGGGCCAUGUUGGCAGUGUAAUUGCUGGUAGAAAAUUGUCGGUACAUUUUCCCGGAAGCCUGUGGAAGGUGGGUGUGAGUUUCUCUUCCCGACUCGUCUUUUGUGUGCCUGCAGGGAAGGAAUCCCUGCGUCGAUAUCGUUGCAAGUGGUCCUCCUUGGAUCGGUCACUUCUGUUAUUGAUUGUGAAAGCAUGUGAGGAGCUAUAUGACAUUUGAUCACCCGUUGUCUCGUUGCUUUCUGGUGUCCUUGCUUGUCUUUGUGCUCAUCUGCCCUUGUGUUUCGGUUGAUUCCCAUUUUGUAGUCUUGUCUAGAUCACCUUCCACGGAGUACAAUAUACGGUCAUUAUAGCUGUAUUUGGGGUAUCUUUGAGUCUAAGUACAGGUAUAAUGACCGUGCGUUUGGGUGAAGAAGGUAGCCGCACUCUAGCCUUUAAUUAAUCCAUUUCUUAGGGGUGGUACUUGUCAGCUCACGGAGCGUUACAGUUUGCGGUUUGUGUCAUCAAUUCUAGCUGUAUUUGGGGUAUCUUUCAGUCUAAGUACAGGUAUAAUGACCCUACUUACGGGAGAAGAAGGUCGGUACUCUAUCCGUUUAUCAAUCCAUUUUUUAGCGAUGGUACUCGGCAGCUCAUGGAGCGUU